UGGGUUUGCCUAACACUCAGUGACAAACAAAACAUGUCACAAAAACACAGAUCCAAAAUACAUAAAAUUCAUUUGAAGUUAAUUUUAAAAUUAUGUGUGAGCCAAGCUUAUCCGAUUCAUCGACAUUCCUGUACUUGGAUAUGCUGGCGGAUAUUUUAAUGCAGGACAGCCUUGAAAUGGAGUCAGAUUUCAACACCAAGUUGAAAUUUCUUAAGGAACAGGAACAUAUUUGCCUAGACAAUGCCCAAAACGCACUUCCCGUGGUUGAAACCCUGAAAUCAGUAAAUCACAUCAUGCUUAGGGUAGAAAUGGAGCUGCAUGAAAACGAGAUUAACCUUAUAGAGGCGGAGAAAGCAGUUACGAAAUUGGAGCACAGCUAUCCGAGUCCUGAGAUCCUGGCCGGCCAAACGUAUCCUUUGGCAAGCACCACUUAUCAGGAUUUGCUGAGUAUGCUCAUGUCUACGAAAAAAACAGCCGACCAGUGCAAUCAGAUCAAAGAGGAGUUCGCGACGUAUAAUGAGCAAAUAUCCGCAAAAGUGCCUUCCGUAAAUUUGGUUACCAAGCUUAUCGAUUGCCACAAUAAUACACUGGAGUCUAUGGAAAAGCAGAUCGAAAAAUUGCAGAACCAGGUCACUCAAGUUCAAAAGGAGUUUGAGCUGCUUAAUAAAGAAUAUGAAAGUCAAUUCCAAGCAAUGUGCCCCUGCAAAAAGAUCAAGGAGUUAAAACGAAAAGACACAACUGAAGUACGACUACGCAUGUAAUCUGAUAACACAAUAUAUCCAACGAAUAUUAUAAA